AUGGGACCAACAAACUACCCACCUCCGUCGGCUGUCACUACAGACGCAACAUGCUCCAUCACCAGCGGCCAACAGCUUCAAGACUUCUUGGAGAGCGAUGCGUCACUAUUUUCUGGCUCACAGGCUACCAAUGCAGGGACAGAGGGUGUGGAGCUAGACUUUCUAGACUCCCUGAGUUUUCCGGAUGUGCCAGCCUAUAACCCAGCGCUUGAGACUGACUACGUCAACUUUGACGCUUUUCAUCGUAAUGGCUACCCGACAAUCAAGGACUUCUCCUCAUCACUCCCUCGUUCCCACGAUCUUGGCGAGCUUGAAUCGGGAUUUCAAGGUCUUCUCGAUGAGUCCAGAAUCAGCAGCAUAAUCGAUAGUAUGGUUGAGUCACCACUACAAGACGACCGCUCUGCGUGCGUGACAACUUCACAUCGCAUUACUUGUCGCGGCAGCUUGACUCAUGGCAAGACAUGCAAAUGUCAUAUCAUGUGGAACAAGCUUUACCUGAUCGUCACAGAACCUAAGCUAUCUCAGACAACGAAGCUGCUCCCAUUGGAUCUGGUGUUGUUUGUGGAACAGGUCUUGCAAAACAACGUAGAGAUGAUGCGGCACUGCUCAGCGUGCGAAAGCUCGAAACUGCCCUCAGUGACUGGAAUGGGCAUUUGUAUCGUCGCCAGUUGGAUAAUUGAGACUCUGUAUGUGGCACUGAAAAGCGAACUCGAGUUGUUGGGGACCAGCACCACAGCGUCAAACAUCUCGCGGGGCCGUUCUGAACACAACAACGCCGAGCCAAGUGGGCCAUCCAAGGAGCACGAUCCAAACAGCUGCGAUCCUACAGGCAUACCGCCUUCCAUGGAUGCUCGUAAUUGCCUACGGGUCGGGACAUGGACCUUGCCCAAGGAGCUAUGGGCAUUAUGCAUGUCCGCCAUUGUCGCCAGAAGGAUCGAGCGCCUUCAACGGCUGCUUAUGACGGUUAUGAGCCACGGUGACCAGGUUGCGGAAGCCCCCGCGGGGUUUAAGGUCGGGCACGGCAUAGCACAAGGAAUAUGUGCCAGAGCAGAGAUCCUCUUGGGUAUGAUCGAGACCUGGGUAGCGCGAUACCAUCUGCGCGCGUGA